AUGCAGUUCUCUCGACAUUUUCUCACGUUGGCGCUGGCCACAACGGCCAUAGCUCAAGUACGUCAGGGCUUCAACUACGGCUCCACCAACUCAGACGGGUCCUGUCGCGGCUAUGAAGACUUCAAAUCCCUCUUCAACCGAGCCAAAAACCUCGCUGGUGCCCCCGGGUUUGCCUCCGCACGUCUAUACACCUCGAUCCAAUGCGGCACCGUCAACGACCCCAUCUCGGCCUACCAAGCCGCCAUCGAUACUGACACCUCCAUCCUCGUCGGCCUGUGGGCCAGCGCCGGCCGCGGCGUUAUCGAGAACGAGAUCAACUCGCUUAAGCGAGCUGCUGAACAAUACGGCACUGCAUUUACGGAUCGGGUUAUCGGGAUUAGUGUAGGCUCGGAAGAUUUGUAUAGGAGUAGUGACCAGGGGAAGGCGGCUAAUGCCGGAGUAGGCGCUACGGGGGAGGAGAUUGUGGGGUAUAUUGGUUGGUUGAGAGAUUGGAUCAAGGGCACUGCGUUGGAAUCGAAGCCCAUCGGUCAUGUUGACACGUGGACGGCAUGGAUUCUGCCAGAGAAUGCUGGUGUUGCCGCGUCGGUGAAUUGGUUGGGUCAUAAUUCGUUCCCGUACUUUGAGACGACGAAGCCGAACUCGAUUGAUCUGGGGGGGACCAACUUCUGGUCUGCUGUUGCGCAGACAGAGGGCGUGGCUGGUGGGAAACCUGUCUUUAUCACUGAGACGGGGUGGCCUAUUGCUGGACCCAAUCAACGAGAUGCUGUUGCAUCUCCGGCCAACGCAAAGAGAUAUUGGUCCGAGGUUGGCUGUGCGUUGUUCGGAAAGCGGAACUCAUGGUGGUAUACACUGACCGAUGCCAAUAUUGCUCAAACUGAUAUCUCAUUUGGUGUGACACAACCUGGAAGUGUCACACCUCUUUUCGACCUUGGCUGCUAG